UAAAGGAAAACACGCAAUGCGGCGCACUUGCGAACACGGCGUCGUCAUUGUGCGUUGUUAGGGCGUAACAGCCAUGCUGGUCUGACCACAAGUUCCUCGAGCAGAUUAGUAUGGGGAGCCGGCUACUCAUCCUACUGUUUGUGUUAUGCACUACGAAUGCAAUUGACAACAACUUGUUCCCGAGGCGCCGAUUGGCGCCUGCAUCCGUGUGUGACAGCCCCGUGUGUAAAGCGAGAGCUGAAUUGAUUUUGGCAUCUAUAAACAGUAGCAGUGACCCUUGCGAGGAUUUUUACGCCUACGUUUGCAAUGGCUGGAAAGAUACUCACCCUAUUCCUGAAGACUCACCAUUCGCAAGUUCCUUUGUGGAGGUAGCGUCGAACGUGAAGCAGGACCUAAGAGAAAUUUUGGAAAGCCUUCCUGUUGUGCCUGAAGCCAGGACCGCCAGGGAAAAAGCAGCGGUCGCAUAUCAAGCAUGCAUGAAAAGCGGAAACGACGAAAUAGAAAGUCUUAGUGCCGUGAAAGCGAGUGCUGGAAUCGUAUGGACUGGGGCGAUGGCCAAUUCUGGACGACGAAGAUAUUGAUGACCUUGGAAAGCUUGAAGACGUGAUAAAGAUGACUGGGCUACCAUCUGUGUUUGCAGUCGAUGUCGCCAAGGACAUGGACGACUUGACACACCACAUCCUUCAGCUGGGCCAGAAAAACGACAAUAGCCUCGAAGCUUUCACACGCGGUUCCAUGAACCCUGCGAGUACCUUGGCCGAUGCGUUCUUCGGUGUGACGAAAACAGCGGCGAGACUGCUGAGACCAAAUGCCACCGAAGACCAGCUGGAGACGUACGUCAACAAGACACUGUCAUUCAUGGCAGAUCUGCGCAUGGUGCAACAGUCGUCGGAAGAGACACGCCAAGCAAGAAAUAAUUAUCGAAAGGCCACCAUAGAAGAAUUUCAGAGAGAAAUUUUCGGUCUUGAUCUGUUCAAAGUCAUCGAGAAUGAAUUCGACAAAGUAAACAUUACAAUUUCCAAGGAAGAAAAAAUUGUCGUUAACGCCAUUCAACACGUGAACGCCACCGUGCAAGUUUACCUCCAAGCAGACCUUGACACUGUGUACAACUACAUCGGUUUCACGAAGGCCGCCGAGCUUCUUCAGCUUGCAUCCAAGGAGUUUGCGGCACUGGUUGCACGCCUGCGCCAGAUCGUGAUGGGUGUCCAUGAAGCACCGCUCUGGAAGCAAUGUGUCACUCACGUGGAGCGAAUUAUGACGGACACCGUCGGGCGACUGUACACGGAGCGCCGACUGACAAAGGAAGCGAAAGAUGAGGUGCAGAGGAUAGUGCGAGAAAUAGGCUUGUCUUAUUACGAUCGACUGCAACACAUUGACUGGAUGGAUCGCCAAACGCGACGACAAGCCAGAGAAAAAUUGUGGAAAAUGACCUCUAAGGUUGCUUAUCCUGAGAAUUUCCUCAACGAUGAGUAUAUCAACAGCAAGUACCAAGAGGUUGGAAUUGUCAGCAAUGACGAAGACUUUGUAGAGAUCUCCAAUAAAUUUCAGCAAGCAGCUUACAUGAAAAUGCUGCGGCGACUUCGGCAGCGAAUCCACAAAACAGAUGAAUGGAGCAUUGGUGCUGCAGAAGAUGCAAAUGCGUACUACGCUCCUGAGACAAAUGAAAUAGUCCUACCAGGAGGAAUACUUCGUGAACCGUUCUUCCAAGAAGGCCUUCCAGAGUAUGUGAACCUUGGAGCAAUUGGUUCUAUCAUUGGCCAUGAAAUAACACACGGCUAUGAUGACCAAGGUGCUCAGUACGAUGGUGAAGGACGCAUUGUUGACUGGUGGAGCAACAAAACGCAGCAGAAUUUCAACGAAAAGAAGGAAUGUUUCAUCAAGCAGUACGGAAGCUUGGUCAAUCCGGUCAACAACGAGACGGUCCACGGAGAGAACACUGUGGGAGAAAAUAUAGCGGACAACGGAGGAGUACGCGUCGCCUUUGCGACUUACCAGCGUAUGUCACAGUCUACUGGCGAGGAAGUCAUGCCAGGCCUUGAGAACUUUUCUCCAGAACAGAUUUUCUUCAUAUCCUAUGCACUGGUGUGGUGUUCAUCCGAGCGCACCGAAGCGAAUUCAAUAAUAAUGACAGAUGUUCACAGUCCCAGCAACUACAGAGUGAACAUACCGCUGCGGAACUUCGACAAAUUUUCAUCGGCGUUCGACUGUCGACAAGGAACAUCAAUGCACACACCGCACCAAGAAAAGUGUGUUUUGUGGUAGCGCCACAAUUUUAACCGUCAUCAAGUUGCAGAUGAAUGUUCUGGCACUGCAUUGAAAAAAAGUACGCCUCGUUAUAGAACCUCCUGUUUCUCAUUCAUACUUUUUCUGCCACGUUACUGCUAGCUGUGGUAGUGACGUGAUUCACUGAUU